CUGGUCGCGCGCUGCGGACGCCCCGGGCGCCCCAUUCCUUCCCGGGUGGUGGCGGGGCUCGGCCCACGGGAAUCCCGAGUCCGCAUUCCCGGGGCCGGCGACGGCUGCUCCUCCCGUUCGUCCGCCGGCCCGAUGGAAGAACCUUCUGGGAAGCCCCUCAGUUUUGAGGAGAAGGAAAAGUUGAAGGAAAAAUUAGCAUUCUUAAAAAGAGAAUAUAGCAAGACUCUGGCCCGUCUUCAGCGGGCCCAAAGAGCUGAGAAGGUUAAGAAUUUUAUUAAGAAAACAGUGAAAGAACAAGAUUAUUUGCUCCAGCCAGAAGUUUCACCACAGCUAAACCACUCAGAACCUAAAACUAAAGUAUCUUCUUACGAUGCAUUACAAGUCAACGCCCGUCUCAAUGAAGAAACUGGCGACAUUGAGCCCAAGUCCUCCAACGCUGGCCAUGGCCCAGUGGAAGGAUUACACGUUCAGAGAACAGACGAUAUACGAGAGCAUUUUGCCUACAGUAUCAGUGACCCUGAUGUUGAAAAAAGGCAGAGUAAGCAGCCAGGGAGAAGAAAGAAGCAACAGAAGAAAACAUUUACUUCACAAGAGAGAGAAUCUUCCUUUGACACUGAUCUACUUAUCCUGUCUAGAAAAAACCUAAAGGAACAAGAAGAAAUCAAUAGAGAAAAUCCUGAAACACCUGUAGCUAAAAUAAGAACUAACUUUCCAACUCAGUCUGACCUUCCACAUCCUCAAGCACCAAUUGCAGAAACUAACGGAGGGAGUGUAUUAAUUCCACCAAAUGCCAAACCACCGAGCAGUGUGGAUGCUCUUUUAGGAGGGAAUCGUUUCCCCACGGUGUCCCCACCUCCUCUGCAUACUCCAUCAGACAGCAGUAGUGGUCAGCACCUCCAACAUAAGCCUUCGAAAAGGAACUGUGAACUUACUGCUCAUGGCUUAAAAAACAUUAGCUCUACCUCACCUGUAAACUUAGAGGCACAUGACAAAAAAAUGACUGUCUUUACAGGUAACCCUGAGGUAAAUAAAACUGUAAGUCCAAGUGGCCAGCUGCCUAGAAGUCCUGACUUAGAGGCUGAUAGUGCAUAUUCUGUAAAUGAAUUUGCUGAUAACUUAUCAGCAAAUGAAAACCAAAACUUAAAAAAACAAAAUCACUCAGAGAAGGCUUCGGUACCUCCCAGUAGUGCUCUUGAAGGUAGCAAUGAACAUUUCCAGGAAAAUGAGGUUCUGAGUCAGUGUAAAAGUCUUGGCUCAAAAAUAACCUCUCCUGUUUCUGCAGAAAAUCAAGCGCAUUCUUGCACCAUGCUCGGAGGCCUUUUUCCUGCAGAGUAUUAUGUAAGAACAACGCGACGUAUGUCAAAUUGCCAGAGGAAAGUAGCCCUGGAGGCUGUAAUUCAGAGUCACUUGGGUGUCAAAAAGAAAGGCAUUAAAAAUAAAGAAUCUACUAAAAAUUUAAAAUUUUCCAAUGAAGAAACUAACCAAGAUGAAUUUAGGGUGUGUGACAGGUAUACAGAAAAAGCAAGUUCCAGAAGUCCUUUUCAGAGAUUUCUCUCACUAACUGAAGUCAGCUCUCCCACGGGGCAUACCAUGGAUGAUUUUUCUAGGACCUCGGUUUCCCAGUCCUCUGGUAGAAGACACAGAGGGAAAAGGAAGUCAAUCCGCACCCCUACGUUACAUCAUGGACUACUUUUGCCCACUUCUGGCACAUCAGGUGUUAAUAGAUCCAAGGACAAAGAUCAGAAUGAAAAAGCAGUUAUUCAUGGGAAGGAAAGUCACUGCCAAAAAGAGGACUCCUUUUCCAUUAAUAAUGCUUAUUUAACUUUGGGCGGUAAUGCUUCCAGUGCUCCGUCUCAUAAGAAUGAAAUGCCAACUUUAAAGCAACUGUCGUCUUUUCUCAAAAUCACAGACUUUCAGUUACCUGAUGAAGACUUUGGGUCUCUUAAGCUUGAAAAACUGAAGUUCUGCUCAGAAAAACUGAUUGAGCCUUUCAGAUCAAACGUGUAUGGAGAGAGGCAUCUGAAAGAGGGAAAUGAUCUUGUUUUGGAGGAACUGAUUCCUAAGCCAAUCCACAUGGAAAUGGAGGACUCAGGAGAGGAACUGAUUGUUCUACCAGGAAAAGCACCCCCUGAAAUGCCAAUGGGAAAAAGCCAGCCUGCGCAUAAGGGCCUUUCCUCGCCCGCAUUACUCUUCACUCCGGCAAAUACUGUUACACCUGAUGGUGAUGGCAGACCCACAGCGGAUGUGUGCUCCCCCGCUUUCCCCGUCUUAGGCACUACCCCCGCGCUUGGCUCCCCAACACCCUCUGACAAAGUGUCUGCGGAGGUUGUUGAACUGACUUCACCCCAGCUUUCUCCUGGGAAAGCCAGGGAUAGUAAGCAAGGACACAGUUGCACCAGCCAACCAAAAUUAGAUGGCAGCCUGCGUGUGACAGGAAGAAAGGGACAGCCUGACUGUGACUAUGAUUCUGGCCCCCAAGCGACACCUUUCGCCACUGAGUCAUGCGCUUCCAAAGAAAAUCCGCUCUGUGCAAGCACGUGCCUUGACUCAUGGAAACAUUCCAUCGAACAGACUGAAUUAGCAGACGUUCCUGCUUGUGACAGCUUAAACCCAGGCAACCUACAAUUGGUUUCAAAGUUAAAGAAUCAUUCAGGUUCCUGUUCCGUGGAUGUGAGUGCCGUGUGGUGGGAAAUAGCUGGUGUCAAAGAGCCGUGUAUCAUAACUGCUUGUGAAUAUGCAGUUUCUCUUUGGAAACCUCUGGAUACUGGACAGUGGGGAAAACUGUAUUCCUGGCACUUUGCAGAGGUUCCAGUGUUACAGAUAGUUCCCAUGCCUGAUGUGUGUAACCUUGUGUGUGUGGCCUUGGGGAAUUUGGAAAUCAGAGAAAUCAGGGCGUUACUUUGUUCGUCUGAUGGUGGCUGUGAAAAGCAGGUGCUCCUGAGGACUGGAAACAUACACGCUGUGCUUGGCCUGACACAGAGGAGGCUAGUCAGCAGCAGCAGGACCCUCUGUGAUCAGCAAGUGGAGGUCAUGACAUUUGCAGAAGGAGGAAGUGAAGAAAAACAGUUUUUGAUGCCUCCUGAAGAGACUGUACUAACUUUUGCUGAGGUUCAAGGGACGCAGGAAGCUCUGCUUGGUACCACUAUAAUGAACAACAUUGUUAUUUGGAAUUUAAAAACUGGUCAGCUCCUGAAAAAGAUGCACAUUGGUGACUCCUACCAAGCCUCCGUCUGUCACAAAGCCUAUUCUGAAAUGGGACUCCUUUUUGUUGUUCUGAGUCAUCCUUGUGCCAAAGAGAGGGAGCCGUCGGGAAGCCCCGUGUUCCAGCUCAUUGCGAUCAACCCCAAGACUGCCCUGAGCGUGGGUGUGAUGCUCUACUGUCUUCCUCAAGGGCAGGCUGGAAGGUUCCUGGAAGGUGAUGUGAAGGAUAAUUUCGCAGCAGCAGUGUUGACUUCUGGAACAAUUGCCAUUUGGGACUUACUUCUUGGACAUUGCACUGCUCUUCUUCCACCCAUCUCUGACCAGAACUGGUCUUUCGUUAAAUGGUCAGGUACAGAUUCUCAUUUGCUUGCUGGACAAAAAGACGGAAACAUAUUUGUAUAUUUAAUAAGUUAGGGUAAGGUGAAAACACGGUGUUCUGGAUAUAUUUUGCCUCCUAGUAUUCUUUGGAAUUGUAACUUUAAGGAAAGUAUCUGAAUGGCAUUUAAAGUAAUUAUUUGUAUUCUUUUAGACAGACUUUUUAUUCUGAUGGUGAUGGCCCUACUGAUCUUUACUGUUCAUUUAUAUAUUGAGGUUAAUUUUUGUAAUUCCUCCCUUUGUACAUUUGCUUUUAAGAGUGUAUAUAAAGCUUCAAAUGUUAAUAAAUAUUUAUUUUGCAUUCUCUCCCUCCUGGGAGCAUGCCCACACCUUUCU